GUGGGUGUGUCCCAAAUCGCGUAGUUACCGUCUAUAUAGUAGCCGAGAUACAUGUAUUUUUUCCCCCACUACAUGCCUAUAGUAGGAAAGUAUGCGAUUUGGGACAUAACCGAACUCUCUUGUUCGCCGUAAAACGUAAAACUGCCGUGUGUGAUCGUGUCCUGUCGCAAAAUGCGGUGAAAACUCCCACACGACGUUAAUAUUGUGAUUAAGGUGUUUACAUGUCUAAUGUGACCAAAACAGGAGUACUCCACUUGUCUUAAUUAGAUUAUUGCUUACUUCGAUUAAGACCUUAAUUAUAUUAAGAGCUAGUGAGUCUGACACUCCUAUCUCCUUUCCUGUUUAAGAGAGAGAGCGAAAUUAGAGGCUGGUGAAGGAAGGAAGGAACGGCUGUGUUUAAAGCUGCUGUAACGUAAGGUGGAGGAGAGCGGCGUGGUGGAGAUGGAGCUCCCCGUGCCCAUGAACAUUCGGAUCAGCAACAUCACCUGCGACUCCUUUAAGAUCUGCUGGGACAUGGACCCUCGCACCAAAGAGAAGAUCACGCACUACUUCAUCGACCUGAACAAGAAGGAGAACAAGAACUCCAACAAGUUCAAACACAAGGACGUGCCCACUAAACUGGUUGCCAAGGCCGUGCCGUUGCCGAUGACUGUGCGAGGCCAUUGGUUCCUGAGCCCGAGAACCGAGUACACGGUCGCCGUGCAAACCGCAUCCAAGCAGGGCGACGGAGACUACGCCGUGUCUGAAUGGAGCGAUAUUGUGGAGUUCUGCACUGCAGAUUACUCCCCUGUGCAUCUGACUCAGCUGCUCCAGAAGGCUGAGGUCAUCGCUGGCAGGAUGCUCCCCUUCUCCGUCUUCUACCGCAAUCAGAACCAAGAGUACUUCGACUACUGCAGUAACGCGCAGGGCGGCCGAAUGCUCCCCUCGGUGAAGGACAACAGCGGAAGUCACGGGUCUCCGCUUAGCGGCAAGCUCGAGGGCAUCUUCUUCAGCUGCAACACGGAGUUUAACACAGGUGAGCCACCGCAGGACUCUCCGUACGGCCGCUACCGCUUCCAGAUCAGCGCCGAGGAGCUGUUUGGGCCCGACACGCGCCUCUACUUCGGCGACUUUUACUGCAUGUACACGGCGUACCACUACGUCAUCCUGGUUCUGGCGCCGCGCGGCUCGCCCGGAGACACCUACUGCAGCGAGAGGCUGCCCGAGCUGGACGCCACCAACAACCGCUUCCUGACCCGUGUGUGCGCUGAAGACGGGCGCGUGGAGUUCCGCCACGCGCAGGACGUCAUCCUGGAGAUUAUCUACACCGAGCCUGUAGAGCUGACCCGUGGCACCGUGGCCCAGAUCAGCGGCCAUCAGCUGAUGAGUCUGUCCACCAUCAACGCCAAGAAGGACCCGAGCUGCAAGACGUGCAACAUUAGCGUGGGACGCUAACCCCCCCCCCCGGCCAGGACUUCCUGACCGACUGUGUCCGAUCCACAUAUCACACAAUUGAAAGACACGAAUAUUAGCAUGUACGCUAGCGCAAUCCACAAAUCCUCAAGACCUGCAAACAUUAGCUUGGGAUGUUAGCGCUUGUAGACAAACCGCCAGCUAACACUCGCGCAAACCGAGCUAUCUCCAAAUCUCCAGAACUCCAAUGUCAGCAUGCGUUACUACAGUAACGUGUGGGGUGCCAACACUUCCACUCAAACUCAGUCUGGACCUGCAACAUCAGCAUAUCACGCUAACUCCGGCGCAAAACACGAACUCGACUAACCACUCCUUAGAUCCUACGCCAACAACUAAAGAAAAUGUCACGGCUCCAGAAGAAUUCGGAAACUGUGAAACCGCUCAGUCCUCCGUGCUGUUGGUUUCCAUCACCACAGUGACACGAUCUUACGGUCCCAAAAGAAGCAAAAAAAAAAAAAAAAAAAAAAGUCGUCUCCUGUCCUCUCCGCUGAAUACUUUUUUGGACAAAGAAACAUUCCUGCAUCUGUAGUGUGUAAAGAUUACCACAGGCAGGAAGUUCAUCACGAUUUCCUUUACUGAUUUCCUCUUCGCUCAGAAUGACCAGAAGUCUCGGAGCAGCUCCCGAGCUCGUGGAGGUGAUCUACUCAACGUGUUUCGUAUAAACGUUUCAUUGCCGGGGUUCGUUCCGAGACGGACGAUGCACAUCCGUGAAUGCUCGAAUCUGAUUGGUCAGAAGGUGUGCGGUAUUUUCGUGUAAGAAUGAUAGGUUAAUAUUAACGCGCUAAUUCUUAAUAAUACGUUAUAGUCUCUAUGGUAACAGCACGUACACAGGGACUUGUAUGGCGGCCGCUCCGUAUAACCUGAGUCUAAUAAUAAACGGAUUUAAAAACAGGUUGGGGUUGUUGUUUAGCAAAGGGAGUUUCGGUUAUGCGUUCUGUUUUCUCCGUAAAGUGUCUGUGUGUGUGUGUGUGUGAGAGAGAGAGAGAGAGAGAGAGAUUCUGGUGAGAGAAUGCUUGUUUAUCGCAGCUAUAACGUACUGUAACGUAGAGUAAACAGGACCAGGACGUCUCGCAACAUUAAAUCUAAACCGCUGUAUCUGUUUUCCUGUAACCGCACGGUCUGUGGUGUGUUAUUCCUUACUUACUAGAAAGAGUAAAUCGACCACAUUCCUUUGUACUCCAUUCCUCCGCUGUUUGAAUUUGGACAAUUAAGAGUGAAACACUUCAGAGCGUGCUGUUAAAAUAAAACGCUCAAGGACGUAAAACUUGAGUUGCUGUUACCAUGCAGAAUUGAUUUUUUUAUUAAUUAAAGAACCACACGUCAUACUUAUCCGUUUAGAGUUACAGCUAAUGUCAUGGAACGUCCACGAAACAAGUCAUCUCUUACGUCACAGCAGCUAGAAACAGUCUAACCCUCGGCAGCCUCUCCGUUCUUCCUUUCUCGCUCGUAAAAUAAGACGGGAAGGAAAAAAAAAAAAAAACCCCACGCAGCUUUUCAUGUUACCGAGAAACCGCAAACCUGCUUUUACAGCUUGACCUCUGGCAACGGAGACUCCUUCCCAACACGCUAAAUAAACCUUCACCGUGUUGAGCGUCCAUCAUCCGAGUCCCUGUGUACGCGGUUGCUACUGAUACGAUAACGUUACUGGAACGAGUGAAUUACAGCUGGGAUUACUGUCAUUCAUUGGUUCAUUAAGUCCUUCUGACCAAUCAGAUUUGAGAAUUCAACACAGCUGUGGUGUAGAAAGCUGAAGGGGGGACAUUUGUUAAGGCUUUCUCUCAUGUGUCAUCACAUUUACACUGAAUUAUAUACUCGCAUAUUUUGAACGUUUACCGACGGGAAACUUGGAUCUUUAUCGUAACCGAGUAAAACAUGCCGAACUUCUUGCCUGUGUAAUGUCACAUGCAGUACAGUACGCUACACGCAGAGUGGAUUAGAUCAGGUUAAAAAACGCUGGAGUGUUCCUUUAAACGAAAUCAAAAGUCCUCAGUUCACUUUUCCGCAGCAACACGGCUGAGGAUUUUGCCGAAGACCGAGCGUGACCGUUACUCCAGGGCUAAAACUUCUAUCCGGUGGAUCCAUGGCUGGGCGAUACGUCACGAAUAUCAUAUCACGAUACUCCAGGACAUUUCUACGCUACGCGGUACAUGUCACGAUUAUAUAGCUCGGUGAACGAACUGUCCGCAAAACAGUAGUAAGAUAAACAAACGUUAAACUGAGUGUGACGAUAUUUUCAUUUUUCUUCAAUGCCUACAAAAUUAAAAAUGAAUAAAAAGUCAAAUCAACAGCUUCCAUUCCGUACCGUUUAAUCUGUCAUUAUUAAAAACGUUUUUACAAAAAAAAAAUUAAUAAAUAUAUAAAUCACACGAGACACCAACGAUAUUUCAGAAAAGUGUAUCGCGUAAUCAUUUAUCAAGAUAUUGAUGUUACAAUCGAUAUUUAUCCCCCAGCCCUAGGUGGCGCUGAAACAUGGAUUAACCUCGGUGCGGGAGAAGCUCACUCGCGCCGAAAAUAUCCAAGAAGUGAAAAGGAGAGAGUCCAGCUUUCCUUUCCACAGACGCGUCCUUUAUUUCGAGCGUCAGUUUAUUCACUGACUUUAAUUUUUUUCUAUGAAUUUUUUUUUAAUAGAGACUAGUGUAUUUUUUUGCACAGUAAUCUCAUCGCAGGUCUCCUUUACCCAGUCCUCACUUUUUAUUCGGUUUAUGUUGUUUUUUUUUGUUUGUUUGUUUUUUUGGAAAGCUCAGCAUGUGUAUUUGUGCAUUAGUGUCUGCGCGCGUGUGUGCGCGCGCGUCUGUGUGUGAGAGAUGAUGUGUGCUAGCCGGCCGUGAUUAUUGCGCAUGUUCAUAGUGAAACGUGUUUGACUUACUUACUUUUGCACACCCUCGAAACUGUGCUCUUGUAUGCCAAAGGUCAUACGGUGAGGAGGGAAAAAAAGAAAAGAAAAAAGAAGAAUAAAAAACACGAUUAACUUUUCCGUAAUGUACGAAAUCGAUCCGUCGGGUUGCUAGAGACUGAAGAAAGUGAAUAUCGACGCGAACGAGUGAGAUAGCGAUGAAAAAUGUUGCCAGAUCCUCUCACGAACAAGCAAAAAAAAAAAAAAAAAAUGUGUAAAAUGUCGUCUCACAAAUAUGUAACAAAAUCGGUGGAAUCCAGCCUUAACUGUACAGUAUUAUUAUUAUUAUUAUUAUUAUUAUUAUUAUUAUUAUUAUUGAUGUAAAUGAUCAAAACUCAGCUUGGUGAAAAAUGGCACUGCGCUCACUAGAAGUCCCAGUACGUACAAUAUUGCCCACAAUCCUCUAAGAGAAACAGCCAAGAUGUCAUGACCACACACAUUAGGAAACUAAUCAGCGCUUCGGGGUGGAAACGGACUCGGACACACCUUUAAUCAAAUUCACGUGACGGUACGUGGGCUAGAGAGGGCGUCGUCAUGUCCUCGUUUAAUCCUCUCUCGACCUGUUCUCACUGUGAAAUUAGAGAUUAGAAGUAUACACUCGAUUUGUCCAUCUAGCCUCCGGGUUAAACAAACGCACACGAACCCUGCAACUGAAUAUAAAGUGCUAGAUUUUGAUACGAAGGUGCACGAUCGGUUUUCCUAAAAUCAAAUCGAUUAUACGUACGGCACGUGAUUCAGUCCCUACACACGUACGCGUCACACGUGGCUCACCCAGAAAAUAAGCGAGAUCCGACACGUGUGUGUGUGUGUGUCAGAUUGCGAUUCUAACUCUGGCUGCUUUGAGGUUGUGUGGUGUUUUUCCCAGCAUCCCUUUCAGCAGCCUCAGUCUGUCCUUCAGAACGUUGUAGCGGUCGUAUUCCUCCGCCAUGACCAGACGGUCCUCUCUCUGUGCACGCCUUUAAAAACACACACACACACACAAGAAGGAAGAGAUAUGAAACGGCGCUCAUCUCCGACACCUGACGUCUCCCCGCUACUGCCUUAUACUCCGAUAGCUGUGUACAGUGACGACUCUGACCGAACCUUUAAACACCGUGUACAUAUGUGUACAGGGAAAACAAGCAACUCUGUCUCUCUCAGACUUUCAGACUAAGCUUCUCUCUCACUGUUUGUGUGGAGAGGCUUCACACACACACUACACACUGCUGUAUCCUUUUGGCAGCUGCUGCUGUCAAAGUUUUUUUUUUUUCUUCCCUGUUCUGAGUUUCAUGAUGUCUUUCUGAGAACCAACUGUGACUGUUCAAUAAAGCUCUGUGUGAAUAA